GAUACAAGCUUUCAGAAAUGUUGUAUGUCUACAGUUAUUGGCAUUAGUGAAUACUUUAUCUAACUCGUUCAAGAUAAAGCAUAGUAAAUAACAAUGUGCAGUUAAACCAUUCACAAUGGACACACGUUUAAAGAGUUUAAAGAGUUUUGUCUGUGUUGUAAUUAUAGUGACAUCUUUCAUAGUUUUAAAUGAUCAAAUUAAAGACAAUCGUAUACUUCCCUUUCAAAUGUUCAACGCAAUAGAAAAACAUCAAAACAGUAAAGCGUUUGUCAUCACUUCUACAAGAACCACCAAACAAGAUUCAGAGAAUGAUAGAGAACAUCUUUAUGAAGAACGCCGACACGUGAUAAAUGAAGGAUGUAAGAAAAUUAACCGCACUAAACUGGACAGGACUGAAAUAUCAAGUAGUACUGCAGGACUGAUUAUUGAUAAGGUCCAUUCCAUCUAUUAUUGUCCGAUUCCGAAAGUUAGUUCAACGUUUUGGAAACGAGUGCUUACUGUAAUGGCAAGCCGAGGUAAACUCAACUCACCAUUUGAUAUAUCCUUAGGCGGUGUAAGAUUGGCUAAAAUAAAUGAUCUCUCAAAGCGCGAGUUGAAUAGCCUGAACACGAAAGGGACGUCGUUUAUAGUUGCAAGAAACCCGUACGCUCGACUGUUCUCUGGAUAUGAAAAUAAAAUUUAUCACUCUAAUUUGAUGUUCUGGAAACUCACCGGCAGACAGGUCGUGCAUGUUAUAAGAAAAGACAAUAACGACGUAUACAAUAAUUAUGGAUUUGAUGUAACAUUUCCUGAAUUCAUAAAAUAUAUUCUUUACCUGCAUGAAUCAGGAUUAGGUAUAAAUGGACAUUUCCGGCCAAUGCUCAGCUUAUGUGAUCCAUGUUCAAUAUACUUUCAAUAUUUUGUAAAAUUAGAAACACUCUCCGAUGAUGCACGUUUCCUUAUUACUAAAUGGAGAAAUGACUUUGAUGAUGUAAACCUACGCUUCGAGGAUUUCGAAAAAGAAACAGUCCUUGACACUGCUAGAGGGCAUGUAAAUUUUCUCUUUAGUACAAAGAAAGUUCUGGAUGAAAUCAAGUUUCCAUUCAUUAAAAUUAUGCUUAGGACAUGGAGAGACUUGCAGAUACGAGGUUAUCUUUCUAAACAUAUUCCAUUUCCAUUUAAAGAAACUGAUGUUGAAACUGUAACAAAGGAGGAAUACAUGGAAGCUAUUAAGACUGCACUAAAAAUUCCAGUAAACCGCACAGAAGUAAAACUUCAAAGGAAAGAGGCCCUGAUUCAGGCGUAUAGACAGGUACCAAUAAAGGAUAUGGAAAGAUUAAGACAGUUUGUUCUAGAAGACUGUUUAGUGUUUGGAUACGAUGACCGACCCGCUGAAUUGUUUGAUAGAUCUAAAAGUGUGUCAAGAGAAUUUGUUUAUUUAGAUGGACUAACAAAGAAAUAAAUAAUAACUAGUUAAUUAAGAGGUGUAAUUAACUAGUUAGUUAUAUGAUUAUCUGGUAAUCUGGUGGCAGAAAUAUGCCACCAUAUAAAUGCCCGUGGUUAACUUCCAUUUUUAUAAUUAUUCUGCUUCUUUUAAGUUUGUUUACAUGUAUAUAUAGCAGGUACUUGGUAUAUUCUAAUUGAUUUCAUUUUUAACACAAUUCUGUUUAUCUGAAUCAAUAUAACAUAUUUCAACGAAUAUGUUGUUAACUAUGUUAACGGACCAAUAUUUGACAUUUAAUUACUUACAUUAAGUAUACCAAAUCUAAUAAAUUGA